AUGCCGUCUCUUUUUGUAUGGCCAAAUGGGACGCUUUCUACAAGAAAACCCUUUUUUAAUAGAUUAUUCGAUUUUUCAAAAAAUCUUUAUAUGAUUAUUAUUCUUUACUUUGAAAAGACUGAUAAUAUACAGUUUGAUCCGCAGCAAGCGGUGGACAAGUAUUGUGGAAGAACAAAAAAUACAAAUAAAGGGUCAGAGAGGCGUAGUGGAGGUCACUCAGGAUGGAACGGUUAUUCAUCAGGAGGACCGUCGUGCGGGAGAAAAAUAGGCAGUGUAGAUGAUAUUCGGCCGCCUCCCUGUGGGAGCUGCUGUGGGGGGAUUUAG